UGUGCUUUCGUGGUUUUCCCCACAGGUAAUGAGGGAUCGCACCUGAAGAUGGAGCUUUUCUGGAUUUUAUUAUUUUCUGUAUUCCAUCGCUACGUGCAAACGCAAGGAGUUUACGCUCCUGCGAAUGCUCAGAUUGUGCAUUCUGGGCAGACAUGUGUGGUGAAGGAGGACAACAUCAGUGAAAGGAUCUACACCAUCAGAGAGGGGGACACGUUAGUUCUGCAGUGUCUGGUCAAAGGACACCCGCGGCCUCAGGUGCGGUGGACCAAGACAGCAGGCAGCGCUUCCGACAAGUUCCAGGAGACGUCCAUCAAAUAA